UAUAUGGAGAAUUGUAAGGGAUUAUUAAAAACAAGAAAACCCAAAGUUUCUUGUUUGGUGGCUACAGAUUCAACGAAGGAAUAGGAGAAUUUAAAUGAAAAAUAACAAUAGGUUGGAAAAAUAACAAAAGACUAAAACGAGCCUAAAGGAUGACUUUGUAGCAGCUGCUUACAAUCUUGUCUCUCAAGGAACAACAUUCAGAAGCUUCAAAAGUUUAGUUGAAUUUGCAUUCUGCGAACAGCCAUGAAAUUCAGACAUCAAAUUUGCAGCUUUACGUGCUGUCGAUCUCUUCUUCUUCUGCUGCUGCUGCUGCUGCUUUCAUUCACAUCCUUCUGUUCAAGAUUUUGCUUUGCCGGCGAUACGAUCACUUCAGCAAAUUUCAUCAAAGACCCAGCAACCAUUUUAUCUAAUGGUAGUGUUUUCGAGUUGGGGUUCUUCUCGCCUGUUAAUUCAACUCGCCGAUAUGUCGGAAUUUGGUUCCAGGAAUUUUCCCCACAAACCAUAGUAUGGGUGGCCAACAGAGACAACCCUGUCAAAGAUACUUCUGGGAUUUUCACCAUUUCCAAGGAUGGGAAUCUUGUCGUCUUGGAUUCAAACAACAGCAUCCUUUGGUCUUCAAAUGUUUCUUCCUCUGUAAUUGGAACCGACAACACAAGUGCUCAGAUUUUAGAUUCCGGAAACCUGGUUUUGAAAGAUUCUACGUCUGGGGUGAUUAUAUGGGAGAGUUUCAAACACCCUUGUGAUAAAUUCUGGACUCCCAUGAAGAUUAAGACAAACACAAGGACUAAAGAGGUGGUCGGAUUUACCUCAUGGAACACUCCUUCCGAUCCAUCUACAGGUAAGUUUUCAUUUCUGCUGGAUGUUCAUGAUCUUCCUGAAGCUGUCAUUUUGAAUGGGGGUGAUACUUAUUGGCGUUCUGGUCCAUGGAAUGGUCAGUCUUUUAUUGGAGUACCUGAAAUGAACUCUGUUUAUCUCUCUGGAUAUAACCUCGCAAUCGAAGACCAAACGUACACUCUCUCUCUUGCUUCCAAAUAUGCCUUUCGAGAAUUUUCUUAUUUGUUCUUGAACUCACAAGGGAAUGUUGAGCAAAUGAAUUGGGAUUCUGAGAAGCAGUACUGGAACUUUAGUUGGUUGGCUCUAAAAACAGAGUGCGAUUUCUACGGCGCUUGUGGGGCGUUUGGGAUCUGCAAUGCAAAAACAUCCCCUGUUUGCAGCUGUUUAAGAGGGUUUGAGCCAAAGCACGAAGAGGAAUGGAAUCGAGGAAAUUGGAGUAAUGGGUGUGUGAGAAAGACGCCAUUAAAAUGCGAGAACAGGUCUAGUACAGAGGAAGAUGGGUUUUUUAAACUGGAAAUGGUUAAAGUUCCAUUUUUGGCAGAGUGGUCUAAUUCCUCUGCUUCCGUAGACGAUUGCAGGCGCGACUGCUUGGAAAAUUGUCGGUGUUCUUCUUAUGCAUAUGAAAAUGGAAUAUGCAUGCACUGGAGAAAUGACUUAAUUGAUAUGCAAAAGUUCGAGAGCGGUGGAGCAGAUCUUCACCUUCGAAUGGCAUUAGCAGAUUUAGAUACAAAUAAUGUAAGAGACAAGAAAAGAAUUAUUAUAGCCGCAGUUGUACCAGCAACGCUUGUCAUCUUCAUCAUUGCCAUAGCAUUUUGCUGGAAAUGGAAGACUAAAAAACAGAAGAAGAAGAUAAUGCUGACGUCUGGUGAAAAAGAAAAGAUUUUGAAGCAAACGCGGGAGAAUGAUAAUAUGAUUGAGGAUGAUAUCAAACUUGAGGAGCUACCACUUUAUGACUUUGAGAAGCUAGCAAUUGCAACCAAUGAGUUUGAUAUGAGCAACAAGCUUGGGCAGGGUGGGUUUGGGCCCGUAUAUAAGGGGAGGUUAUUGAAUGGACAGGAAAUAGCAGUAAAGAGGCUUUCAAGAGCCUCUAAACAAGGGUAUGAAGAGUUUAUAAACGAAGUAAGAGUGAUUUCAAAGCUGCAACACAGGAAUCUUGUACGCCUUUUGGGAUGUUGCAUUGAAGGGGAAGAGAAGAUGUUGAUCUAUGAGUAUAUGCCCAACUUAAGUUUGGAUGCAUUCAUCUUUGGCUCUCCCAAACAACAAAUUCUCGAUUGGAGAAAAAGAUUCGAUAUUAUCGAUGGAAUUGCUCGUGGUCUUCUUUAUCUUCACAGGGAUUCAAGAUUGAAAAUCAUUCACAGAGACCUCAAGGCAAGUAAUAUUUUGUUAGACAAAGAUUUGAACCCUAAAAUUUCAGACUUUGGCAUGGCAAGAAUCUUUUACGGCAAUGAAGAUCAAGCAAACACUUUAAGAGUUGUCGGAACUUAUGGAUAUAUGUCUCCUGAGUAUGCAAUGCAAGGUCAAUUUUCAGAAAAAUCAGACGUUUUUAGUUUUGGAGUUUUACUACUUGAAAUUAUUAGCGGGAGACGAAAUACAGGAUUCUACCUCCAUGAAUAUGGCAUAAGCUUAUUGGGAUUUGUAUGGAAGUUGUGGACGGAAGGCAAUCUUAUUCCUUUGAUUGAACCAGCAAUAUAUGAACUAUGCUACCAAUUAGAGAUUUUGAGAUGCAUUCAAGUGGGGCUCUUAUGCGUUCAAGAAUUUGUAAAUGACAGGCCAAAUGUGUCCACCAUUAUUUCAAUGCUCAACAGUGAAAUUGUCGAUCUUCCUUCUCCAAAGCAACCGGGUUUUGUCGGUAGACCACAUGAAAGUAACACACAACCUUCUCAACCAAAUUCAGAUAAAUAUUCAGCAAAUAAUGUUACACUUACCACAAUUAUAGCUCGAUAGCGUGUUGAGUUUGGAAAACAAAUUAUUUCAUGCGUGU